UAUAUUACAUUUAUUUUUAUAUUUUAGCCAUCGAGAACGUUUUGGUCACAACUGUUUGUCAUUUUGUUUGGAUUUUUACUGGCAAUUUUUACUUUUUUCUGGCAAUCUUCACUUAAUCAACUUAAUUGGUGGUAAUCCUCUCCAAGCAAAAGCUUAUGACAGUGUAAUAAUUUAUUUUUCUGAUAUUGUUGUUUUACUGCACUUUCUGCUUUAUCUACCCCUAUGCAAGUUGUUGCCCUUCGAAAUGAUCUCUACUUAGCUUUUGAUAGCGUUGUUGAUAACUUUAAAGUUUAUAAAGUUGAAACUAUUGGGGAUGCUUAUUGGUUUGGAGAGAUGAUCAUGCUUCUCAAAUUGCACAAGGAGAUAGAUAAUUUUUGCAAAUAA